GACAUGUACCCACAAGGGAAAGACCCAUCCUCUAGGGAAACCCUUCUGGGCUGAUUCUGCCUGCACAGAACUCUGUGAGUGCAACCCAUCCACUGGUGAUGUCAGCUGCCAGAAAUCUCAAUGCAAACCUAAAGAAGAAUGUAAAGUUGUAAAGGGUGUGAGUGAAUGUGUGGCAAAAACCAUUCCUGCACCUGUGAAUCCAACGAAAGUACUGCCCUGCACACACAAGGGUCAGUCCCAUCCUCCAGGGAAACCCUUCUGGGCUGAUUCUGCCUGCACAGAGCUUUGCGAGUGCAACCCUUCGACAGGUUUAGUCACCUGCCAGAAAUCUCAAUGCAAACCUGAAGAAGAAUGUAAAGUUGUAAAGGGUGUGAGUGAAUGUGUGGCAAAAACCAUUCCAAAACCAGUGAUUCCACAAAAAGUACUGACAUGUACCCACAAGGGAAAGACCCAUCCUCCAGGGAAACCCUUCUGGGCUGAUUCUGCCUGCACAGAACUCUGUGAGUGCAACCCUUCCACUGGUGAUGUCAGCUGCCAGAAAUCUCAAUGCAAACCUGAAGAAGAAUGUAAAGUUGUAAAGGGUGUGAGUGAAUGUGUGGCAAAAACCAUUCCAAAACCAGUGAUUCCACAAAAAGUACUGACAUGUACCCACAAGGGAAAGACCCAUCCUCUAGGGAAACCCUUCUGGGCUGAUUCUGCCUGCACAGAACUCUGUGAGUGCAACCCUUCCACUGGUGAUGUCAGCUGCCAGAAAUCUCAAUGCAAACCUGGAGAGGAGUGCAAACUAGUCGGCACCAUGAGCACAUGCAUUGCACUGUCUAAACAAAAAUAUCACUACACAUACAUUACAGUCUUCAUGUUCAAUUCGAAUGAAAAGGAGAAAGGCAAAAACCAGCUUUACAUCACCUCCUAUCUAUCAGACACGAAUGUGCUUGUCACUGUCAACAAGUCUCCAUUCAAACAUAAACUGACCAUACAGGAUGGAAAGUCUGUAACAGUGGAGGUACCUUCUGACACGGAAUUGAGAGGCACCGGCAAAUAUUCCAAAACGGUCAUGAUACGUUCCAGCAAGUUCAUCACCAUUGUGUCCUCCAAUCAGAAGACGAAUUCAGUUGAAACCUCACUGGUGUACCCAGUCACUAAAUUGGGCCAAGAAUACUAUGUCUUCACUCCAUCAGCCUCAGGGUACCCAAAAGAGUUGGCUGUUUUUGGCUUGUACCGGUCUACAUCGGUGACUGUGGAGUUGAAGUGCACUGUCACCUUUGAAGGUAAAACGUAUAAGCCAAAUGAAAAGCUUACUGCUCGUAUUUGUGCAUCUGUGGUCCUUUAUCUGGAGUCCAAUGAAGACUGCACCGGGUCAAGAGUGGUGUCAGACAAGCCUGUAGGUGUCAUCUCAGGACAUGCUUGUGCUUCAAAGAACUCUAAAUGCCAGCACACCUUUGAACAGCUGUUACCUGUAGAGCAUUGGGGUACAUCCUACAUUGUCCCACCUUUGGAGUAUCAGAACUUGCAAGACUCUGUCUUUGUGUUUGCCUCUCAGCUCACCCGAUUCACCUACACGUUUGGUCCCAAAUCUCAGAUUGCUGUCAUCAAGGCCGGUCAGUGGAAAGAGAUUCCAAUGGGUAGGAAUCCACCAUUAGUCAUCUCUUCCGACCAGCCCAUUCAAGUCCUCUACUACUGCAAUGGUGGAAAAUUUAGUGAUGGCUCUGAAUUUGACCCUUUUAUCAUGAAUAUUGUACCCAAUCAGCAGUUCUGUGAAUACCACACCUUAGAGGGUAUGGAGGACUUCUGGAACUAUGCCCUUAUCAUUGCCAUGACCAAGGACAUUAACAAAGUGCAAUUUGAUGACACGCAUCCAUCCUUCAAUUGGCAGCAAGUUCAUGACACAGAAUACUCUUGGGCUCAUUACACCUAUAAGAAAGGGAGAGGUCACCACACAAUGAAGAGCCCUUGUGCCCCCAUUGGGGUUUAUAGUGUUGGGACAAAGGAUCAAAACAGCUAUGGAGCUCCUGCAGCCUGUGGACUCCUUACCUGCCACCACAAUGGUCAGUACUAUUCUCCUGGAAAGCCAUUCUGGGAAGAAUCUGGCUGUACAGAGCUUUGCGAGUGCAACCCUUCCACAGGUUUAGUCACCUGCCAGAAAUCUCAGUGCAAACCUGAAGAAGAAUGUAAAGUUGUAAAGGGCGUGAGUGAAUGUGUGGCAAAAACCAUUACUGCUCCUGUCAAGCCACUAAAAGUACUGCCCUGCACCCACAAGGGUCAGUCCCAUCCUCCAGGGAAACCCUUCUGGGAUGGUUCUGGUUGUACAGAGCUUUGCGAGUGCAACCCUUCCACAGGUUUAGUCACCUGCCAGAAAUCUCAAUGCAAACCUGAAGAAGAAUGCAAAGUUGUAAAGGGUGUGACUGAAUGUGUGGCAAAAACCAUUCCUCCUCCUGUCAAGCCACUGAAAGUACUGCCCUGCACACACAAGGGUCAGUCCCAUCCUCCAGGGAAACCCUUCUGGGAUGGUUCUGGUUGUACAGAGCUUUGCGUGUGCAACCCUUCGACAGGUUUAGUCACCUGCCAGAAAUCUCAAUGCAAACCUGAAGAAGAAUGUAAAGUUGUAAAGGGUGUGAGUGAAUGUGUAGCAAAAACCAUUCCUGCUCCUGUCAAGCCACUAAAAGUACUGCCUUGUACACACAAGGGUCAAUCCCAUCCUCCAGGGAAACCCUUCUGGGAUGGUUCUGACUGCACAGAGCUUUGCGAGUGCAACCCUUCCACAGGUUUAGUCACCUGCCAGAAAUCUCAAUGCAAACCUGAAGAAGAAUGUAAAGUCAUGGAGGGCAUUGGUGAAUGUGUGGCAAAAACCAUUCCUGCAUCUGUGCAUCAAUCAGAAGAAAAAUAUCCCUUCGUGUACAUCACGGUUUACAUGUUCAAUUCAAAAAGAGAGGAGAAGAGCAAAAAUGCCCUCAACAUCAUCUCCUAUAAACCGCAUACAAAUGUGGUUGUCACCGUCAAUAAAUCUUCAUUCAGGAAAGAGCUGGAUUUGCAGGGCCCAAAAUCUGUGACAUUGCAAGUGCCUCCUGAAACUGAAAUGCAAGGUACUGGUAAAUAUACCAAAAUGACAAUUGUUCGUUCCACCAAACUCAUCACGAUUGUGUCCUCCAAUCAGAAGAAGAAUUCAGUUGACACCUCACUGGUGUACCCAGUGACUGAAUGGGGCAAGGAGUAUUAUGUCUUUACUCCAUCAGCAAGAGGAUACCCGAAAGAGUUUGCUGUCUUCAGUGGACAAGAUGCCACCUCUGUGACUGUACAGUUGAAGUGCGCUGUGAAAUUCCAGGGUAAAGCUUAUAAACCACGUGAUAAACUAACUGUAAAUCUUGGUGCAUCUGAAAUUCUCUACCUGGAGUCCAAUGAAGACUGCACCGGGUCAAGAGUGGUGUCAGAAAAGCCUGUAGGUGUCAUCUCAGGACAUGCUUGUGCUUGGAAGAACUCUAAAUGUCAGCACACCUUUGAACAGCUGUUACCUGUAGAGCGGUGGGGUACAUCUUUUAUUGUUCCACCUUUGGAGUAUCAGGUCCUGAAGGACUCUGUGUAUAUCUUUGCUUCAAAGCCCACUCAUGUCACUUACCAGUUUGGUGCCAAAUCUGAAGUCAUUGAUCUCAGCGCUGGUCAGUGGAAAGAGCUUCCAAUGGGUAAGAGUACACCAUUAGCCAUCUCUUCCACACAGCCCAUUCAAGUCCUCUACUACUGCAAUGGUGGCAAAUUUAGUGAUGGAUCUGUAUUUGACCCUUUUAUCAUGAAUAUUGUACCUACUGACAAGUUCUGCCAGGCCCACUCCCUAGAAGGUAUGGAGAGCUUCAGUAACUAUGCCCUUAUCAUUGCCAAGACCAAGGACAUUAAAGAAGUCCAAUUUGAUGACAAGCAUCCAUCCUUCAAGUGGGAGCAAGUUCAUGGGACAGAAUACUCUUGGGCUCCUUACACCUAUGAGAAAGGAAGAGGUCACCACAUUCUGAUGCAUCCUACUGCUCCUAUUGGAGUCUACAGUGUGGGCACAGCAAAUGAAAAUGGUUAUGGAGCUCCUGCUGCUUGUGCUCUCUUGACCUGCACCCACAAUGGUCAAUACCAUCCUCCUGGAAAGCCAUUCUGGGAGGACUCUGCCUGCACAGAGCUUUGCGAGUGCAACCCUUCCACAGGUUUGGUCAGCUGUAAGGAGUCCAAAUGCAAAGCUGGAGAGGAGUGUACAGUUGUAGAGGGCGUGAGCGAAUGUGUGGCAAAAACCAUUCCUGCAUCUGUGAAUCUGCCGAAAGUCGAUGAGUGUCCAGUCAAGAACUGCUACUGUGAUCAUCAGGGGAAACAAAUGAAGUUUGGCGAGGCCUGGCUGAUGGGUAACUGCUCCGAGCAGUGCGUCUGUCUCGCUGGGGGGGCGGUGCAGUGCGAGAAGGUUGGGGGGUGCGCCCCAGGAGAAAGCUGCGUGGAGCUGGAUGGGGCGCAGGAGUGCUCCACGCCUGAGGCCACCUGCCACCUGCUCCCGUCCGGCGGGUUCCACAGCUUUGACGGGCUGGAGGACCGGCUGUGGAUGGAGGGGACCUAUUCUCUGGCAGUGCCUGGCCCCGAUGCCCAGUUUGCAUUCAGGAUCACUGCCCACCUGAACCUCUUCGCCUGUGAGCCCGCGGUGACCUUCACCACCCUCUUCUACAAAGACCUGAAGGUUGAGGUGAAGAGAGACUUGACGACAGAGGUGGAUGGAAAAGCGGUGUCCCUUCCUUUCCGCACAAACAACGGCCUCAAAAUUGAGGAGUCCCAGGACACCGUGGUGGUUCGGCACACCUCCGGGCUGACCUUACUCUACUGCGGCAGCGGGAGGGUCAGCGUGACCCUCACCGCAGCCUUCAGGGGCAAGAUGGCGGGUCUGUGCGGCAACUUCAACGGCCAAGCCAAAGAUGACCUGAGGCUCCGCGAUGGCUCCGUUACCGAAGAUUUUGAUGAAUUCUACAAGGAUUUGAGGGUUUGACCAGGAUUUUAAUCAUGUGCCAGAUUGAGGAGAUACUCAUCUUAAUUUGAGAUGGAGACCUAAAGCAUUCCAGGACUCAAGAGAUUUGCUGGAAUGGAAACCAUAUCUCUGCUUUACCCUUGGUGGCUAUGGAAUCAAAGCAACAUGAGAAUUUGUAUUAUUUUCUAUUGUGUUCUGUUCUUAUUUUUACAUUUAAACUUCAUUCAUUUAUGAGGCUUUUUGCAUUCAGAGCAUACACAUGUAUCAGUUUAAGCCUGCAUCAGUGCAGGGCAUGAUAUAGAUCUAGUCUCUGCAAUCAGAUUUAAGUUAAGUUUUUAUGGAUUUUUUUUCCAUUUAUGAAAAAGUGUUUUAGGGAUUUAAUUAAAACAACUUCAUUUAAAAA